GAAAGAAUAUAAAGGUACGUCAAAAAACGGACACGCUUCAAUAUUGACUGACGUAAAAAUGUGGAAAAUUCAAAGUGUAAAAAAUGUGAACAACAAAAAUAAAAUAAAAAAUGUGAAAAAAUAAAUAUGUCUGUGUAUGUAAAUUAACAAAAUGAAUGAUAUACACAGGGAUUUCUUGGUGACGUACGACCCUGCCUACUUCGAGGAACACUCAGAGAGUUCAGAGUUCGAGGAAAGCAUACCAUCAAUAACUCCUAAAGACAGCAACCAAUUUCUACUCACAAAAGAAAAUAAGAAAGUUACAAAGAAACAUAAAGAUAAUUUGAACCGUAAAAUUUAUACGAAUCAUGAAUCCCUCAAAAAACACAAGUACAAUAAUUUUCACAAUUUGGAAGAAAAAAUAGUGCAAACAAGUACGCUUAACAACAGAAAUGUAAACGGAAAACUGGCAGAGAGUGGCGACAGGAAAAGUGAUAUUCAAAAUAAUCAGAAUAAGCAGAGAAAGUCAAUAAUUCGUCACAAAGUUAUACCAUGUUUGUCGAGUAUGUUCGGUCGGUCCGUUAGCAAGUUGUCUCCAAAGGAAAAUCAGAUCAAAAACGAAUAUAAAGAUAACAGUUGCCAAGUACAAUGUAGUAACACGCGGCGGCGGAGAAAAAAGGAAAGUCGACCACAAAACUACACAGUCCAGCCCGUUUACGAGAUAAAAGGCGUCAUGCACGGCAAGCAGUUUGCCACCAAUGCUCCACAAGUCCUACAAGAUAACAGUAAGUCACUUAAGAGAGUGUAUUCUAACAUUAUAUGUAACGUGACGGUAUCUGAUGAUGAAACUGAGAAACUAGAGAAGUUAAAGAAAAGGAAAUAUAGGAAACGAUUGCAAUCAGAAUUAAAAGAAGCGAAUUUGAAAUUAAAGUAUAAUAAGAAUCGAAAACAUCAUUGUCAGCAAUUUCCCUCAAAACAAAGUCUGUAUCAUGUUUAUACUACGUCGAACCAGGGCCAGUAUAAAGUGGCAAAAGGACCACCGCAAGACUUUAACAACUCCAUGACCUCAGAAUUGUCUUUAACAUCAUCAGGGUUCUGGGACUAUCUCUUAGAGAAGUUUAACAAAAAAGGUAAUUCAAGAAAACUAAACGAAUUCAGACAGAGUCAACGCAAAGACUUCGCUAUACAAUGUUGUCCUGUUAAUUUUGACACCAGUGCAUAUGGACCUUACACAGAAACUAGAUAUGCUCGUAAAAAUUACAAUUUAGACGACGAUUGUCCGUGCAGCGAAACAAAUAUCAGCUACCCCCGUAACCCGUGUAGAGAUUUUGCUAACAAUUUUAAUACAGACAAAAGGCAAAAGACAGAAGCCACUCAGUGCGAAUGUUAUCCUCCAAAACGUCCGAAGCCAACCAUUCAAAAACAGUGUGUACCAGUACAAGAGAGUGUCUGCGGCUGCCAACAGCCCCACGAUGACAUGGCUGAUGCCGUCGCUAAUAAAUACAAUGGGGAAAUUCUGUGCAUUCACAACCCACCUUGCAUACUCAUUAACGGUUGCCUAAAUUUAACUCAGCCCGCAGACGCCGCACCCGUUAACGCUUGGCCAGUAGUUGAGACCAAAAAGGACAGUUUAUUCCGCGGAUAUAUGAAAGCAAAGAAACCGAAACAGAAGCAAGAGCAAUACUCGCAAUACCAUGCUCAAUGUAUAGAGGUAAGGCAGUGUACUGAUACUGCCUUGGGGACUGCCCCGGAUCAGAAAAAGGAGAAAAUUAUCCAAAGUAUUUGCAAUCACAAGCCCCCGUGCGAAGUUGUUCGAUGCUGUUACAAGCCAAAAUACGAUCCAAAGUUGCAAAACUCUUGCGUUCAUGUACCGAUGUGUCCGAAGGUUCCCGAAUGCCUGAUGCAGAAAGGUAGAGAUAACAAAACAACGGGUACAUGCGAACAUAAACCAAAAUGUCCCGAAGUACCAUUAUGUACUAGAAAAUAUGUGGAACUGACUGCGAGAGACUCAAUAGGAACUCAAGUAAAACCUCAAAUGAAAAUGUUUUGCCGUCAUGACCCGCCGUGUAUCCUCAUUCCGAAAUGUCUAGGAGGGGCCGUUCAGGAGACAUACAUAUCGUACGAGGCGAUACCGAACUGCGUGCAUCAGCCACUUUGCGACCUCAUCCCGGCGUGCUGUAGGAAAUCAACCAAGGGAAUGGUUUCGACCUGCUCCCAGUACCCGAAUGGGUGUCGUGUGGUGUGAGACACAGGGCUCAGUUUGCGUUGGACAGUUCCACGGUUAUUUUUAACGUAGCGUGUUAGUGUUAACUUUGCUAAAUUGCUGGACAAAUGUAGUUGUUUUAGUGAUUUUAUACAAGUAGCUCGCAUACCACUGUAUCCAUGUUUUUAUGCACAUUUCAUUUUUAAAACAUAUCUUGUCUUGCUUGUAAAUUUUUAAAUGUUUACGGGAAUAUGCAACUCCGAUAUAAACCUUAUUACCGCAUAUUUCAAUAUAUCCAAACAUACAAAUUGUGAUUAAAAUAUUUUAAUUUGCUAACACAAACUCGUUAGACCAUAACAAUGAACCCUUGCACAAAUUGGCCAAACUCGAAGCAAGCCAAAUAUAUUAAAGACAAAGAUUAAUUCCGUUCAAAGCAUCCGUUGCACUUGCAUGCAUAAUUCAUAAAUCUCAUUAGGCAAGUACGUUGCGUGACCUAAAAAUAAUCCACGUUGCACAUAACACCAACGCCAUAUAUUAAUAAAUUGUGCCCGCCCUCACGACGGCGCUCAUUGGCAUACACAACGAGUGGGAAGCGCAAAUUGUUAUGUUAAUUGGAUCUUGUGUCCUAGACUGCAGAACGAUGCUUCUUUGUCAAUGUACUAAAGUAUUUGUUGGUAUUUUUCAAUUUUGUCUUCGGCGAUAAAGUUGGGAAGAUCAAACGGCUGUUGUCAGUUGAACUGCUGGAUGCAUAAUGAUUGAAUAUGAUAGUCGGUUAUGCAGGAUUCCUUUGGCUUUUAGAUAUGUGAUUGCUUGCUAUCAAGGGAUCCUUGUCUUUGUGGCGUCUUUCGGCUCUAUAAUAAGUGCGUUCCUUCUAAAGAUGUUGGUAACUAAUUUCAAAUUCAAACAUUGUAAAUUUGACUAAUACUAUUCAUCAUAAUUUUGAAGUAGUUUUAGUUCAUUUCAUUCAUACGCCAUUGCGAAAUGUUCGUCCAUGAACCUUGAGGUGUGAAUCGUUCAAAAAACACAAGCUUGUGCUAAGUUAACCGCGUUGCAGACAAUAAAGCCAUAGUCAGUCA